GGCGAUUUUGUUGUAAAAUCAUGGGAAUUACAGGUGUGAAUUAUUCAUCCUUGUCAUCAGGACACUAAUCCAAUUCUAGUCCUUGUAAUAGACAGAUGGCUAGGUUUAAUGUUGCCAACAAAUUAUGUAGAAUCAUUCUUUGAUGAUUCAUCUCCUAGCCAACUAGUAUAAAUAGGGUGCUCAAUCCUUUGUAAAUGUAAUUCAAAAACUGAGAAAUUUCAGAAAUCUUUAUAUUAAGAAGAAGUAUAAUUUAGAGAUUAUUAUCAAUAUAUCUAUCUCUUAAAUCUAGUCUGCAUCUUCUUCAUUUCACAACACGUUAUCAGCACGAAUCUGCUCAAAAAUCUCCAAGAAAUCAUCCUGCAGUAUCAUGGCAAACAUAAGCAAAAGAGAAUUUGAUGUUCUUGAUCUGUCUGGACAAAAAUACCUGGAAUGGAAAGUUGAUGCUUUAGCACAUUUGAAGGCUAAUGGUCUUGAAGACACUAUUGAGGCAAAUAAGCCGUCAUCUGCCCAAGACAAAGCGAAAGCUAUUAUUUUCCUCCGUCACCAUCUCCAUGAAAGUCUCAAAUCUGAAUAUCUUUUGGUUGAUGACCCAAAAGAAUUAUGGGACAAUUUACAGGAGAGGUAUGGCCACCAGAAAAAGGUCCUUUUGCCUAAAGCUCAAUAUGACUGGAUCAAUCUAAGAUUCCAGGACUUUAAAUCUAUCAGUGACUAUAAUUCUGCUAUGUUCCAAAUAACAUCCAAACUAAAGUUAUGUGGGCAAAAAGUCACUGAUGCUGAUAUGUUGGAGAAAACCUUUUCUACAAUGCAUAUUUCUAAUAUGCUGCUACAGCAGCAAUACAGAGAAAAGGGUUUUAAGAAAUACUCUGACCUUAUAUCAGUUUUAUUGGUCGCUGAGCAAAAUAAUGACCUUUUGAUGAAAAAUCAUAAUCUGAGACCCACUGGUUCUAGUCCUUCGAUUUAUGGUCCAUCUGGACAUAACAUUGCCACUGAAUCAAACGCAACACACAGUGGCACACGAAGGCAUUUUAAACGUGGGAAUUUUAGUGGUCAUAAUAACAAGUCUCACCGAGGAUAUAAACGGGUCGAAAGACCAUAUUACAAGGGCAAGGGCAAACAAAAAGCCCAUCAAACAAAUCGCCCUACAAAAACCUCGGUGAAGACGAUUUGUUACAAAUGUGGCAUGACGGGACACUGGGCUAACAAAUGCCGUACUGCAAAGCAUCUUGUGGAGUUAUUUCAAGCUUCCAUGAAUUUAAACAAAGGCAAAAAUGUGGAAGCGAAUUAUGUCAAUGAUACAACUCCAUCUCUGCCAAAAUUCGAUGUGUCCGACUUCUUCAUGGAUGAUAGCAUAAUGGACGAUGCUUUUGCCACUGAUCAAAAUAACACAAAAUAAAUUAUAAGACUUUUGCAUGUUGUAAAAUAGUAGUUUAUGUUUUCAUGUAUUAUGUACUUUUUCUUUUAUGUUGUUCUCACAGAUAAAUGUGUAAUAUAUGUACUUUUAUGUUAAAUAACAUGCAUAAUUUAUCAAACUUAUGUUUA